AUGAGCUCCCAAACCUCACCGUCGACGCCGACUGCGAGUGGAGCCGGUGCCCGCCUGCUGAGCUUGACCGGGCUGGACGCAGGCCAUUUCGCAGUCCUCGCUCGCCAUCCCGAUGACAUGACGCGCAAGACUGGCAUGCUGAACCCUUUCCGCACUGCUCUCCUCCUUGUUGAGAAGGACGCAGCCAAGAUCGAGCAGUUGGUCCCGAACAUGGACAAGGCGCCGUCGGACGUCGAGAUCAGGUGCGUGUUCACGCCGAGGUAUACUCACCAGCGCAGCGCGGUGCUGGAGCAGAUCGCCUCGCGCUCGGUGCCUGUUGACGGGUCGUGGAAAGGUUUCGUCGAGGGGUGCAAGAAGGUCGGUGCAACUUUGGAGAAGUUCCAGAGUUACGACGAGCACUCCAUCAGCCAACUCGUGUACAUCGAUAUCAUGACGCCGGCCGAGCGUGUGCCGGUGCAGGAUCGCUUGUCACUCUGUUCGGAUGAGGCAUCGGCCCUCGGCGCCCUGCUUCGCUUUAGCCUGGGGAACACCCUAGGUCACCUGAACGAGCGAAUGGAUGCGCUCUCCAAGGAGGGGGUCGAGGCCAUGGUCGCCGGUUCCGCCAUCCGCAAAGCGCAGUACCACGCCGCAGGACGUUGGCUGCCGAAAGAUGGUGAAGAUCGCACCGAGAUCCUCAAGGGCCGCGAUCUCGUGCUCAAGUCGAACGAGCCGCGCUUCACCGGCUCUGGUCGCCUGCUUUAUGAGCAGGUCCAGACCUAUUUCGAUUUGGAAGCACUCUUCCUCCCCGAGGAGCCCGAUGCGGCCAUGCUCGCCAGGUCGCCGGCAUUGCGCGCCGCUGUCGAUGCGCUCCGCGCUGUGUACGAUGAGCAGGGCUUCAUCACCCCAAUCGACGUCGACAAGAAGCUGCCCGGAUACCCUUACCACACCCCGCUCGCUGUCAUCCGUGCCGAUGACUCUCGGGACGGUGAAAGCGACCUGGACGACAUGGACGACGGGUGA